AUGCCCGCUCUUGAGUUGAAGACUAACGUUGCCCUCACCGAUCCGAAGGCAUUCAUUCUGGAGUUCCAUUUAUUUGGGGCUAAGGUGCUCAAUAAGCCUCCCUCCGCCAUGUCUUUGAGUUAUACCUAUAAUGAGAACCUUACCUUCAAUGGCACCUUUGAUCCUGCCUUUCUACUCACUAUUACGAGCCUGGACAAUUUAAGCCCCGAAUCCAACGAGAAAUACAGCAAGGCUUUGUUUGACUUCUUCGAGGAGAAGCUUGGAGUCCCCAAUGAUCGGGGAUAUAUUACGUUCUUCGAUCCGAAGAGAGAAAAUAUGGGAUUCAAAUCUACACACUGUGGGGUUCUUCUUCCCAAAGCAAAAUAA